CGACAAUAAUGGCUGCAAACGCACAGUACCUGGGAUUUGAUCUCAGUACUCAGCAAUUGAAGGGUGCGUAAAGCCGCGUUUUCGUUUCGUUGUGAUUCCCUCCUUCGCGUCUCUUCCGCCUAUGCAGAAAGCUACCCCGCCGCCGCCGCCGCUGCUGCUCGCUGCGCAUCCCUCACUGUCUCCCCACCAAUGCCCGCCUGUCCGAGUCCAAUUCGACACCAUUGAUACACAAUAAACCAAUGCUCACCCGUCUUCGCUCGCAGGAAUCAUCGUCGGUUCCGAUCUGAAACUCAUUCACGAAGCAAAAGUCGACUUUGACGCCGAUCUCGGAAAGUAUGGCAUCGAAAAGGGCGUUCUCACAAACCCGUCCGAGGGCGAGGUCUUUGCGCCCGUCGCCCUAUUCCUCGAGGCCAUUGAUCUUGUGCUCCAGCGAUUGAAGGAUCAGGGUGCAGAUUUCUCAAAGGUCCAGGGAGUCUCCGGAGCUGGCAUGCAGCACGGUACAGUCUUCUGGAGCAAGGACGCCGAGACUCUGCUGGGAGGCUUGGACGGCGGCAAGACAUUACUUGAGCAGCUCGAGGGUGGUGCAAAGGGCGAGAGAAGGGGAGCCUUCAGCCAUCCGUUCAGCCCGAAUUGGCAAGAUGCGAGCACACAGAAGCAAUGCGACGACUUCGACGCCGCCCUGAAAGACCCCGUCUCAUUGGCAGAUGCUACCGGUAGCAAGGCACACCACCGCUUCAGUGGCCCUCAGAUCCUUCGCUUCCAUACGAAAUACCCCGAAGCCUACAAGGCAACGGCCCGCAUCUCCCUCGUCUCCUCCUUCCUCGCUUCCAUCUUCCUCGGAAAGAUUGCUCCAAUCGACAUCAGCGACGUUUGCGGUGCGAACCUGUGGGAUAUCAAGAACGGUCGUUGGCAUGAGGAUCUUCUCGCGUUGGCUGCUGGCAAUGAUGGAGUCGAGGAUUUGAAGUCGAAGCUCGGCCACGUCCCAGAGGACGGCGGUGCCAGCUUUGGAACCAUUUCGAAAUACUUCGUGGACCGAUACCAGUUCCCUUCUACCGCCCAGGUGAUAGCAUUCACCGGUGACAAUCCUUCUACCAUUCUCGCACUUCCUCUCCGUCCCUCCGAUGCGAUUGUCUCCCUCGGAACAUCGACCACAUUCCUCAUGUCGACGCCAGAGUACAAGCCUGACCCAUCAUACCACUUCAUGAACCAUCCCGCAACCGCCGGUCUCUACAUGUUCAUGCUGUGCUAUAAGAAUGGUGGCCUUGCGCGUGAACACAUCCGUGACGCGAUCAACAAGCUCUCCUCCACCUCCGACAAGUCGUGGGAUCAGUUCAAUUCGGCGGCAACUAGCACUCCAGUUCUGGGCCAGGAGGACCCUUCCACCGACCCAGCACGUCUGGGACUGUACUUCCCCCGCCCUGAGAUCGUUCCAAACGUAAAGGCAGGGACUUGGCGAUUCCUGUACGAGAAGGACUCUCUCUCACCGGUGGCCGAAGGAGACGAUAAGGGUUGGCCCGCGCCACACGCCGACGCCCGCGCGAUUCUGGAGUCGCAAUUCCUCUCCCUCCGGCUCCGCUCGCAGAACCUCGUCCAUGCCCACGGCGACCUGCCGCCCCAGCCCCGCCGGAUCUACAUGGUCGGCGGAGGCGCCGUCAACCCGGCCAUUGCGGAACUUGCGGGCGAGGUACUCGGCGGGGUCGACGGCGUCUACAAGCUCGACAUCGGCGGGAAUGCCUGCGCGCUGGGCGCUGCUUACAAGGCUGCCUGGGGCGUUGGACGCAAGUCGGGCGAGAAGUUCGAGGACUUCCUCGAGGCGAGGUGGAACGAGGACGAGUUCGUGAAGAAGAUCACCCAGGGCUACAGGAAGGGGACCUGGGAGAGGUACGGGGAGGCAUUGAAGGGAUUCGAGGAGGUGGAGAGGAGAGCGAUUCAGGAGAAGGGUCAGGGCAUAGCAGGAGGAGAGGCAGCCGCUGGUGGAAAAGUUAACUGAAUUGGAGGAGUACUAUGAAUUGAUAGUAUGCUUUUCUCUAGUAUAUAAUGUUGAAAGGAGCGGCUCCACAUGAUGGAAUGGCAUGAUUUUAAUGAUAUCGAGCAGAAAUUAUGACGGUUA